AUGAACAGAGGCAGCUUCUCUGAAAACUGCAGGGAAGAUAGGCAGAAAUUAGAGAAGGAAUCCAAGAAUUUCAAGAUUAUUUCCAAAUACUUCUCUAAGGAAGAGUGGGCACGUCUGGGAUACUCGGAGAAAAUCAGCUAUGUGUAUAUGAAGAGAAACUAUGAAACCAUGACUCGUCUAGGUCUCAAGGGUACCCUACCAGCUUUCAUGCAUCCUAAAAAGGGAGCCACAGAAUCCAAGCAUUGUGAUUCUAAAAUUAAGAACCCCAAGGAAAAGGAUGAAUCUCCUCAAGGGACUUCCAACAUGCAAUUGAGAAAACACCAGAAGGUGGAGUCCAAGAAGCCUGUAAAGGAAAAAAAACGUUCGGAGUUAGAACCAGGAACAUCAGGCCCAGAGCAGGCUCAGAGACAGUUGUGCCCCCGGGACAAAGCAAGUACCUCUUCUCAGCAGAGUGAGAAAACAUCAGGAUCCAAGAGAAAGAAGGUUAAUGUUUGGGCCCACAGACUGCGAGAAAGAAAACCAGUGGCCUAUGAAGAGAUCAGUGAUCCCGAGGAAGAUGACUAA